AUGGAAACCAACAUCACCUACAGUAUCUCUUAUUGCUGGGACCUCUGCCACAUGCCUCACUGUAGACUGGUGGACCAGCACUUUUUGUUCCCCUCAGCUGAUGUGGUGGUGUUCCACAAUAGAGAGCUGAUACAGGGCCAGCAGAAGCUGCCCUUAAACCUUCCAUGGCCACAGGGCCAGAGAUGGGCCUGGUUGUCCUUGGAGUCCCCAGCUCACAAUGGACACUUGCAGGAGUAUGCCAAUAUCUUCAACAUGACCAUCAGCUACAGGAGGGAUGCUGAUAUCACAGUACCCUAUGGUGAGCUGCUACCAAAGGAGGCUGGAGGACGUCUGGAGGAAGAUGUCCCUCUGAAUAAGAGCACUCUGGUUUGCUGGGUGGUCAACAACGUCCAGAACUACCACAAGAGAACUGCAGUGUACAAAGAGCUCAGUGCUGUAGUUCCUGUGAAGGUUUAUGGGAGGUGGUCAGGGACACCCCUCUCUAAUGAAGCACUCUUACCUACAAUCUCUCAGUGCUACUUCUAUUUAGCUUUUGAGAAUUCAGUUGCUAAAGAUUAUAUCACAGAGAAGCUGUGGAGGAAUGCUUACCAAAGCGGGGCAGUACCUGUCGUCUUGGGGCCACCGAUCAGUGAUUACAAAGAUGUGGCUCCACCCAACUCUUUCAUCCAUGUUGAUGAAUUUGCAUCAGUGCGUGUUUUGGGAAAGUUUCUACAGGAGCUGGCAAAGGACAAGAAAACCUACAAUCAAUAUUUUCCCUGGAAGCAACAGUGGACAGUGAAAGUGUACUCAGACUGGAGAGAAAGACUAUGUAAAAUCUGUGUACAGUACAACAGUUUACCUCAGCACAAGGUUUACUCAGAUCUACAGGCCUGGGACAAGGAUAAUACAUAUAAAGCUUCCAUUGGCAAAUCCCAUAUGUGCCCACCAUGUUCUAAUGUUCUGUGUCAGGAACAAUUUAUUUUUCAUUAUUGCAUAAUUUGUGAUGCAUUUUUCAUGUUGUUGCUAUGCCAACAGACGAUAUGA